AUGGAUGCGGCGGAGGCCGGCGCGGGCGGCAGGGCGGGCAGCAGCGCCGACAGCCUGGCCGAGGAGGAGGAGGACGAGGACGAGGCGGGUCCCGGCAGCGGCCGGUCCAGCCGUACCUCGUCGCUGGUGAGCGGACUGCUCACCGAGCUGUACAGCGCCGCCGAGGCGGCCGCCUCCUCGGGCAGCGCCCGCUCCCGCGCCCUCCGGGAGCUGCAGCAGCGGCCGAGCCAGGUCAAUUACCUGCGGCUGAAAGAUGUUGAUGAAUUAACAACUAUAAAACGAGAACUGAAUUACAGAAUUUCUGUUCAAUCAGCAAAGUUGCUCCGUCUUCUGAAGCAGAAAGACAGGCUCGUACAAAAAGUCCAGAGGAACUGCGACAUUGUCACAGCUUGUUUACAGGCAGUUUCCCAGAAACGCUCAGAAAUGUUCAGAUACAAGUAAUUUCUUUGUCAAAAGAAGGUCUUUUGCUCUCCAAAACCUCACUUUGAUUACUUCAUAUUAAAUUUAAAGGGUGUUCUCUCUAUAUUUUAUUGACCAUGUAAGCAUUGCUAUGACUUUUAUUCCAGUUGUUAACUCUAGACUUUAUGCUGGUGGUUACUGCAGCAGUUAAAAUAUAUUGUUACUUUAACAGUGCUUGUAUGACACAUCUUUUAGCUUGCUCAUGAGAUGCAACUAUCUGCUAUAGCUUUACUGCUAUAGUUGGCACAUGAAGGCAAUAAGUAAAAUAAAUUUAUUCUC